CCAACGCCUGCCUCCGAGCAGCAGCUGCGCCGCGGCCACUGAGGGUUUCUCUGGCCAGUGUUGCUCCCACCAGUCAACAGCAUGGGGAAUAUCUUUGCAAACCUCUUCAAGGGCCUUUUUGGCAAAAAAGAAAUGCGCCUUCUCACGGUGGGCCUAGAUGCUGCGGGAAAGACCGCCAUCCUGUACAAACUGAAGCGGGGUGAAAUCGUGAUCACCAUUCGCACGACAGGCUUCACCAUGGAGACCGUGGAAUACAAGAACGUCAGCUUCACUGUGUGGGACCUGGGUGGCCAGGACACGAUCCGGCCUCUGUGGCGCCACGGCUUCCAGAACACACAAGGUCUCAUCUCUGUGGUUGACAGCAAUGACAGAGGGCGUGUGAAUGAGGCCCGCGAGGAGCUUAUGAGGAUGCUGGCAGAAGAUGAGCUCAGGGAUGUCGUUCUGCUUGUGUCUGCUGACACACAGGACCUCCCCAACGCCAUGAAUGCGGCUGAGAUCACGGGCAAGCUGGGUCUGCACUCUCUGCAUCACGGGAACUGGUACACUCAGGCCACCUGUGCCACCAGCGGGGACGGGCUCUACGAGGGACUGGACGGGCGGUCCAAUCAGCUCCGGAACCAGAAGUGA